AUGAAGAAUCUUAUUACUCUUGUGUCCGGAAGCAUGGCCCAAUUCAACCGGUUUGGCACAAAAGAAAUCGUCCGACCUGGACUCGAUUUUGGCCCCCAACGACUUCCAGGAGCACCAAGCUCAAGCUGGGACCAGACGCCAAGCCGAGAUAUUCCGGGCCGAGAUAUUCCCGGCCGAGGCAAUACUCCGGAACAAACGAGCAUUACUCAAACAACAAAAGAAGACUUCGUCAAUCGGCCGGUUUCAAGAGACGACUUCAUCGGCUCGAUUUUGUCAACCGAGAGCUGCGGCGUCAUUGACAAGUUCGCUGACGACUGUCGAAUCGCCUCCUGCAAGGACGAAGACAGAAAUAGGAUCAACUUCAGCGACAGUGACGACAUCGAAGUCGGAGCCAUUUGUCGAAUUAAAUGUCGACAAGUCAAAGCAACCCGCUGUAGAUGCUGCAAAGAAGGAUUUAUCAUUGCGAAAAAAUGCCCUGAAGACGGCGAUGAAGAUUCUUGCGAAUUGACAGCGGACGUGGGUGCUCUUUACGAAGGUCCUGAUGCUGUGAUUUUGACAGACAUCGAAGCUGAAGACUGUCAACAACGAUGCCUCGAUUCCGGAAUCGAAGAAUGCAUUGCUGCCUCGUACAUCAAGUUGAGAUUCAACUCUGUGUGCUGGCUUUUCCACGAUGUCUCCACUCGAUAUGGAGAUGAAAUUAGAGACCGAGACAUGCCCCAGAAUAGAGUUCCAAUUGGCAACUCCGGCCCAGGCUCGCGAGAAAUCUUCGGCCCCGACUUCAGAAGUGGCAGAACUCAAAACAAGAAAAGAAACAAGAAAGCUUUGAAGCCAAAACCAGUUCAAAAGAAAGGAGUUCUUGAGAUUCCUUCAUACAUGAUGCCUGGUGCAUCCUCUGCUAUGUCCAAACACGUUCGAGCAAACGGCUUCAGCAACAACAACGACGACAGUGUUAUGAUGAGCUGGUUCCGAAAGUGCCAACCCGAUGAUGAUGAAUACGAUUACUAA